AACAACAGUUACAGAGCAGAGGCUCAAGUGUGAAGCCAAAGCGCUAACACCUGAAAAUGGCGGGAAAAGAGGAGUUGCUGUCCAAGCAGACCUCUAUGCACUCAUCUUUGUGUUCGUCUUCUCUAUCCAAACAACAAAUCGGUGAUUCCCAACCGGAGGAGACAUGCUGGAGAAAGCAAGUAGACCAGAAUCUGAAGAGGCUCCAAUCGCUCCUCUUCGGCGCCGAUUUCGCUCUCGAAAAAGGCGAUUACUCUGCCGCUCAUCUUCUUGGUCUUCGUCUUCUUGGAUUUCUCGACUCUCAGACUCAUACCGACGUUGAUCAAGCUUUUAUUCAUCCUAUUAGGCGCGAGGCUGUUGAGAAAGUUCAUGUCGCUCGCCGAUCUCUCAUGCCCGAAUCCGAUCGACAAGUGUUUGAACAAGCAAAGACAGCUCCAGGAUGUGUAUUUAGCAUGAGCAAAGAAGUGGAUUUCGGCAAGAUUAAGCAGUCAAAGUACUUUCAGGCACUUCAGCACUCUAAUGGAAGGAUUAUAAAUGAAUCGGAUCAGCUGGAGAGGGUGGAUAAGUUGAGUACCAAGGCACGAGGAAUCACUGCAGAAGCAAAGGUUACAUCCCCCCUGUAUAAAAAAGAUCAUGGCAGGAAUAGUCCUAGUCUGUACAGGAGUUCUUUGAACUCAAGUAAUCGCCUUGACGAUUGUAUUAUUGUAGAAAAGGAUCCUUCAUUAUAUGAUCAUAAAAAACCCCAAGGUAUAUCUUUCACAAAACUUGAGGAGGAAGGGCGGGCUUAUGGAAAUAUGGUUUCAACACCGACAAGACGUGUUCGGAUGGAAAUAAGUAGUCCUAAGGUAGACAAUGCCAACUCACCAUCGAGCACUGAAGAUGCUAAUGCUGACUUUUCUGGCAAUGCAUUUGUCACAGCAAGAACAAAACUGGAAAUGGAUGCAAAACAAAGACGAGGACUUGCAGGAUCACCAAAUACUUCGGUCUCCCCUCAAAGCGAUUAUAAUGUUUCAUAUAAAGGAUAUGGGAUGCGAUCAUAUGGUUCUUCACGUCGUGGAGUGCGUGGUAAUUUUGUCCCUCCUAUUAGGUCUAGUGGGGGCACUGCUGGGAACAUGGUAAAUUCACGAAUUGGUGGAAAAGGUGAAGAUGCUUUGGAUGACUCAACUAAGAGAUGUUUGGACAUGUUGUGCGGACCUGAUGGUGAGCUUCCUGAAAAAUUAAGGAAUUUGGAGCCUCGACUUAUAGAACAUGUUAGCAAUGAGAUUAUGGACAGGGAUCCGAAUGUUCGGUGGGAUGACAUAGCUGGUCUUGAACAUGCAAAAAAGUGUGUAACUGAAAUGGUUAUAUGGCCGUUAUUACGUCCCGACAUUUUCAAAGGUUGUCGCUCUCCUGGAAGAGGUCUCCUUCUUUUUGGUCCACCGGGAACAGGUAAAACAAUGAUCGGAAAAGCAAUUGCUGGAGAGGCAAAAGCAACUUUCUUUUAUAUAUCUGCUAGCUCAUUAACUAGCAAGUGGAUUGGUGAGGGUGAAAAGCUAGUGAGGGCCCUCUUUGGGGUUGCCAGUUGUCGUCAGCCAGCUGUCAUCUUUGUUGAUGAAAUUGAUUCGCUUCUGUCUCAGCGAAAAUCAGAAGGUGAACAUGAAUCAAGUAGACGACUCAAAACACAGUUCCUUAUUGAAAUGGAGGGUUUUGACAAUGGCAGCGAGCAGAUUCUUCUCAUAGGUGCAACUAAUCGACCACAAGAACUUGAUGAAGCUGCAAGGAGACGGCUUACCAAGCGACUCUACAUUCCUCUCCCUUCUUCAGAAGCAAGAGCAUGGAUUGUGCGUAAUCUCCUGGAGAAGGAUGGAUUAUUCAAGCUUUCUAAAGAUGAAAUUGAUGCGAUAUGCACUUUGACUGAAGGAUAUUCGGGUUCAGACAUGAAAAAUCUUGUUAAGGACGCUUCAAUGGGGCCUUUAAGGGAGGCUCUGAAACAAGGCACAGAAAUUACAUUGCUUAAAAAGGAGGAUAUGCGGCCUGUAACCCUUAAAGACUUUGAGAGCGCAAUGCAAGAGGUCAGGCCCUCUGUUUCUUUGAGCGAACUUGGCACAUAUGAUGAAUGGAACAAGCAAUUUGGGAGCUUAUCACUUUGAAUCUUUUUACUUGACAUAGAAGGUACGCUGGCGGGCCAAGGCCUCUGAUCUUUCUACAAAUUCGAGGUGGAGUGUAUGAUGAAGUUUAUCUUGGAUCCUCCCUUGAAGAUCCAAAUGACAAGUUGAUUUCUUCGUGUUAUUUUGUGGGAGGAGGCUUGAGAUGUAAUGUACUUAAAUGCCCUUGUAGUUCAUGCUUUUUAGCUUUUUUUUUGUAGUAAUCUAUUUGUCACGAUGAGAAUUACUUUUCAAAAUUUUGUUUACUGAUAGUCCUUUGUUGGUUCGUUUUCAUGA